AUAGAUACGAGUUGUUAAUUGACAACACGCCAAUCAACCAUUUCGAACUUGACAAGAAGGGAAGGCUCAUCCCAGUGCCACAAACACCCAUCUUCAAGGCAGCUACUGUCGGAGAGAUCUUUUAUCAAGUCUCCAAUUGGAAUAUCUACACUAGGCAGAACGGUGUUGUUACUUGUUCACAGGAGGGUUUUAACCUCUCUACGCCUGGAGGAAGAACGAUCAGGGCCCCUGACGUUGCCUUCACCCCAAGCGAAACAUAUCGUAAUUUGACUCAUCAACAACUCCUGACCUUUCAAGGCCAAGCUUUUCAUCCAACCUUUGUCGUAGAGGUCGAGGAUGUUUCCGCUGAUUCGAAAUUAGACGCGCUCAAGGAGAAAUUCAAAUCCGAUUAUUUUCCUGCGGGUGUCAAACUAGGUUGGUUGGUGGAUCCAGUAAAUAAGAACAUCUACGUAUUCAAGAGAAAUACAAAUGGAAUCGUGCGCUGCCUGAGUAAGGGAUGGAGGGAUGUUAUCGGUGAGGACGUAUUGCCAGGUUUCGUGUUAAAGGUCUGGAAUAUUGACAAAGCCACCUCACAACUAUCAUCAGAAUCUUCUUCGGAUGGUGAGAUGCAAGUCGACUGCCCCGAAUGCGAUUUGACUUUCGAUAGCCGUUAUUCUUUUAUGAAGCAUUAUGGAAAAGAGCAUGCGCGCAAAAAGCGCAAGCGUCAUUAA